AUUUCCGACUUCCUACUUGUUCCUCGGUCUCCGUCUCUUUGAUCAACACCGAUCCUUGUCUCUGUCUCUUUGUGGAGUAAGACAUAUACCGACAUAUACCGACAUGUUCCCCCCCCUUCAAGGCGCGGCAGUCUGUUCGAGGGUUUCUGCGUAUGCGCCUCUCCUGCUGGCGGAUGUGCCUGGCGAGUACAGGGAACAAGAACACGAUGGAUGCUCUGCUAGAAAAGGACCGAUUUGGCUGUCUGGGCUCUGGGUUCUUGUCUUCCAUGAGCGAUGAUACGCGGAUAAGGGGGGGCACUGAUAGCUCCAUAUGGUAUGGAUGUACCUUGGAUGCACGCCGAGGUGGGUGUCUGGUGUGAUGGAGGGACGAAGGGAUGAUACAAUAGGAGACAAUUCGUAUACACAGACACUCUUGGUCUUUGACGUCGUAGUGCAGGAAGAGGCCGCAAAGACUCUUAUAGAUAGAGCAGAGUCAAGCAAAGCAAAGCGAAGCAAAGCAAAGCAAAGCAAAGCAAAGCAAAGCAAAGCAAAAGAGGGCAAAGACGAAGCAGGGCAGAUCAGGACGAAACAGACAAGACCGAGCGUACUGUACCUCAAUCUACAUCCCUCCCCGCUGUCUGCACGUACGUCAAGAGGUAGACUGCAAGUAUCGAGGAGGAUGAUUGCUGUGAUUCUGUGAUUUCUGCUAUUCUGUGAUUUAGCCGGCAAAAAGCAACGGGGCCAACCCACAUUUACGACGGGCAUCAUCCCAAAGGACUGAGAGUAAGGCCGAGACGAAUCACAGUGCUCCCGGUCCAUCCUCAACCUCG